UAACAAUGAAAAUAUUUUUUCGAAGUAAUACAAUGUCGUGGUAGUAAAUAGUGGAUGGUAACACUGGUGUUAUCCCGGCCACGUCAGCAGCUGCAGCUCUACUAGCAGCCACGUCAGACGUAUCAUGACUCAUGUACCAAUGGCGUUCUUAUAGUUGUAUACGUCUCUAUAACCUAUAUUAACAUAUUUUAUUCAUUUAUGAAUUUCCAAAUUUUCAAUGCGUAAUUUAUAGUCUUACAAUUUUCUUUAUCCUUGUUUUUAAACUUUACUGGACUUGAAUACUUUAUAGCGGACUAGAGUACUAGAAUCUGGAAAAAUAGUAAGUUCUAAACUGUGACUGAAAUACCUACAAAACAUUCUGUGCUGAGUGCUUUUAAGUUUUGACGACAUCUGUGGAUCACCACCUUUUGAUUGACAACAGUCAGGUUCGAAAGUUUAUAUAGAUCAUUGUCUGCUGUCUUUAUUUGAAAAAUCAAUUGUUAAAUAAUAUUUCAAACUAUGAGUUCGUCAUCAUUGGAUGUAUUUUGUCCCAAACAUGAAGACUCAGAAGCAACAAUAUCUAUUAUAACAAAGAUUUUAUCACAAAACGACAAUUUAAAAUUUACACAUAUCUCCAAUGAAUUUGACAAACUAGGCAUUAAAAAGGUUAAAGAUUUGGCUGGAGCAACCCUUAGCAAAGCGAGCUCAAUCAACAUUUCUGGAGAUACUCUGACUCAACUUUAUGAAGCUAUGGAGAUAUAUAGCAAACGCCUAGAUAACCUUUUAACAAUGGCAAAAAAAGAACAUCAAGGUGGAGAUUUCACAACAGCCCAAAGAAUAUGUACAAGUUUAAUUACACAUAAAUCGAGAGAUAUGAAUGUUCUACUGCUUACAGCUAGUACAUUUUUUAGUAGUCAACAUUUUGAUGAAUGUAUUGGCUACCUAGAACAAGCAAAAAGUAUUAACCCCAAAUGUUCCGAAGUUUUGAGGAACUUUGGAUUGGUUUAUAUGAGAAAAUCCCAAAACAACUUAGCAAAACAAUACUUAUUUCAAGUAUGUGCAAUAAAACCGUAUUGUUGCGAUGCAUGGACAGAUUAUGGAGACUUCUUGUUCGAAAACAAAGAUUUUGUGACAUCCAAAGAUUGUUAUUUCCGGGCUAUGUGUCUAAAGCCCGAAUUGCAUGGAGCACGUAAUAAGUACGGAAAAGUACUUUUAAAAUUAAAUAAAAUAAAAGAGGCUAAAAAGGAGUUUAAGAUUGCCCACAAAAGCGCAAAAGAAUGUCCAGAAACAUUAAACAAUUUAGGAGAUGCAUAUUAUAAGAGCGGUAAAUUUGGAAAAUCUAUUUUGAAAUAUAAACAACUCUUAGAAACAAACCCCAAUCGGACGAACGCUUGUUUUCAGUUGGGAAUGGCGUACUUAAAACUUGAAGACUACCAUAAUGCAGCUGAUGCAUUUAAGAAGGUAAUAAUACUCGAUCCCAAAAAUGUAUUAUUUUUGAAAAAACUAGCAGUUACAGUAGAUAUUUACCAAAAAUGUUUGAACCUCAAGCCUGAGGACUUUGAUUUAAAUUUGGAACUCGCUUUAAUGUAUUUCAAUAACAUUCAAAAUUAUCAUGAAGCUGUAAUAUAUCUUAAAAAAUGUAGUCAAUUAAAUCCGGGUAGAAUUGACAUAUACAAAAAGCUUUUUGAAACAUACGGAGAAACUAAAGAUCAUUUAAAUGCAUCCGAUGCUUGCAUGUCCAUGGGGAAUUUGUAUCUGGAGAAGGAUGAUUAUAAAAAUGCAAGAAACUCAUUCUGUUGUGCGGUACUUAUGAACCCGAGGAAUGCAUUUGGUCAUUGGGAAAUGGGCCUGACAUUGUAUCAACUGGGACAUGAGGAAUUGGCUUUUAAAAAGUAAUAAUUAUUCAACACGAUUAUAAGUUUAAAAUUUGCUCUAAGCAUUCUCCUAAUAAUUUUUAAAUUGGUAAAAUUUUACGCUUUUCUCUUACUUCAAUGACCUUUUUAAUGUAUAUUAUACAAGUUACAAUAAGAAACAUAUGUGUAGGUAAUAGGUAUGUGACGUUUACUUAAAUCUCAAAACAAAUUUAUAAUAUUUACAUUUACCAUUUAAUAGUGUGCUUAAACUUUAAAAGAAUAUGUAAUGUACAUCUUUUCUUUGGUAAAUUAUUUAAAAUCAGUCAAAUUUAAAACAAUUUAAAAAAAUUAAUUCUUUAUGAACAAUAAUAUACAAUUUUCUUAAGUAUGAAUUAUAGGUUUAAUUCUGUAAUGGACAAUAUAUGUAACAUGGCCUUCUCGAACAAGCCAAAGUAUUUUAUGAAAUGGCAAUCAAGUUAAGUCCAGACGACCAUGACAACGCUCGGUUAAUUUGGCCGAUAUGUCAAUGAAAAAAACGGAUCUUGAUGACGCUAUGACAAACAAUGAAAAGCAAUAGAAUAUGACAAUACACCUGUCAAGUAGAUGUUAAUUUGAUAUUCCACAUCUUCAAACGACAAUAAUUCAUCCUGGUAAUAUUUGGUACCUUUAGACCUGUUUUUUUUUUAUAAAUUACAAUACAAUUAUUAUUAUUUAGGUAAUAAUGAAACAAUUUCUUAAAGACACGGAUUUAAUUAUGGUGUGUUUUACUGUUUUCCAAAUUUUUAGAAAUGAAUAAUUUGUAGUUUAACUUACUGAUUUACUAAAUUCUUCAAAAGCAUUUUGUUAACUAGUAUUAUUAUCAUGUGCUUUACUUAUACAUUUAAUGAUCUAUCCAUUAUAAUUGAUAUUAAUAUUAAUCAUGUAAUAUAUUUUUUUGAUUUCAAGUUUAAUUAUGUUGAACACCAUAAAGAUUUGUCUCAACCCAGGAAAUAUUGAUGUUUUUUGUAAUAUUUAUUUAUAACAAAUUAACUAAAAUUGUAAUUUUUGGUUUUAAUAUAUAAUUUUUUUAACUUAAAAUGUCUGUAAAAAUAACUGUGUUUAUAUAAGUUUUAGAUUAUUAGGUAACAGUGUGAGAUUUGUUGUUUUAAAUUUUCAAACCUUAGUUUUAAAAAUUGAACAUUUUAUAAUUUUUUAACUACUAUAAAUUUGAAAGUUUUUCAUAUUUUGUCUAUUUGUAAUUUAUUUAUAGAAAAUGAUUAUCGUUUGAGAAUAAGUUAAUAUACCGGUUUUUGAUUA